AUGAUGCUUUGUUGCGGGACUGUUAUUGGAAUUGAAUGCAAAGAUGAGGUUGUGAUGGCCUUAGCAGGAUUAGCUGCAGAUGGAAUGCAAAUUGUUGCCGGGGCUAAGUCGGAAGCAUAUAACUAUGACAGCUGCGUGUACGGUGAUCCAAUUCCUGUCAAGGAACUUGCUGAUCACGUGGCUAGUUAUGUGCACCUUUGUAUUUUGAAACCUAUGAUGUUGCCAAACUGUAUAUAUGGAGUUCAUGACGAGGCAAAGGAUAAAGAUUUCGAGCUUGAAAUGAGCUGGGUGUGUGAGGAAUCAAACCGUCAACAUGAAAAGACUGCUUUUACAUCUAAGAAAGACUAUGGGACGGAAGAUAGGGCAGCAAAGUGGGUUCUUUCUCAGGCUUCGAGCAACGAGUUUUGGAGGAGCACUGUUCGUUUGGACUUGCUAGAGGCUUUGCUGCUUGCUGCUUGCUUUGUUGUGAUCGUGAUUCCAGUUUCCAGCUUUCAGAUUCCACACUUCGAGAUAUUCUUUCUUCAGUUUUUCUGCAUUGUUAUUUUGAUAUCAUCUUCCUCAUCUUUCUCAAAUGGCCUUGAUUUCAAGCUUCGACAGGCUGAGGCCAAUCCUGUGAUAAUCAAAGUAAGUAAAGAUGCAUCAUCAAAGUUCAAGACUAUUCAAGAGGCUCUGAAUAGCAUUCCACCACAAAAUAAUAGGAGAGUCAUUGUUUCAAUUGCUGCUGGAGUUUAUAGGGAGAAGAUCCUCGUCAAACUCCCUUUCAUCACUUUCUUAGGGGAUCCAACAGAUCAGCCUAUUGUUAUCGGGAAUGAUACAGCACAUGACAUUGGAGGUGAUGGGAAACCAUUGAGGACAUUAAAUAGUGCAACUGUCGCCGUGGAUUCAGACUAUUUCAUUGCAGUUAACAUGAAAUUUCAGAACACGGCAUCACCUCGUAUUGGGUCAAAUGAUGAUCAAGCCGUUGCACUUCGCACUUCAGGAAACAAAAGUGCGUUUUACAACUGCUCGUUUUACGGAUUUCAGGACACAUUAUAUGAUCAUCAGGGGUUGCAUUAUUUUGAAAACUGCUUUAUUCAAGGCUCCGUGGAUUUCAUCUUCGGCCAUGGGAGAUCCCUUUAUGAGGGUUGCAUUAUAAAGUCCAUAGCCGAGAAGAUGGGAUUUAUCACUGCUCAAGACAGAUCAAAAGAGUCAAUGGAGAGUGGAUUUUCCAUUCAAAAUAGCCAUGCAAUAGGCAGUGGGAAAGUUUAUCUGGGAAGACCUUGGGGAGUGUACUCGAGAGUCAUUUACUCUUACACCAGCAUGGACAAUCUUAUUUUCCCCCAAGGAUGGGAUGAUACUAUGGAUAAUCAAAAUCGCAGCUUGACUGUGUACUAUGGAGAGUACAAGUGUACUGGGCUUGGAUCCAAUUUAGCUGGUAGACCUCCUUGGGUACAUAGAUUAACAGACACAGAGGCACGGCAGUUUAUCGGCACACAGUUCAUUCAGGGUGAUACAUGGCUGGUCAGGCCUAGUUAGGGAAAAUUAUAAGAUUCAUUACAUGAAGAUUGGCAGGAUAUGUAAUUAGAUCACAUUCCACCUCCAGUAAUCUAUAACUACCUAGUUGAAAUCAAGUAUUAAUGUUAAUUUUAAGGGAAAAUUAUAGCCACCUCCCUGAGGUACUUACUACAUGGUUUCCCCUUUCUCGUCAUCGUGUAAUCUCUAUACUGCUGCUGCUAUAAAAUUUAUAUUUAGUUCUAAUAUCUAAAUU